AGGUAAUCGGGGUAAACAGUAAAGAUGGCGACGUCUGUAGCCGGAGAGGGGCAACCAAGUCUAAAUGGGAUUAUUUGCGACCCCCAAACUAAAAAACUGACGGACCUGCCGACUGAGUUGCUCGAACACAUCCUGUGCUUCCCCGUCCUCAAACAUGUCGACAUUUGUAACGUUUCCUGCUGCUGCAAGCGGCUACACGACGUUUGCCAUGGAAGGGGGAAGGUCUGGGGACAUCAGUACAAACUCAGAUGGCCAAGACUGCAGAGGUUCUACCGUCAGAAUGAGUGCUGUGACUGGCUCAGAGAAUACAAAACACGCCAUAGGGUUGGUAUACAAAUACGAAGGACCGUGGAAUCCAUCUCAAAGAGAUUCUUCACAGAAGUUCCUUGCGUUGGCCAGGUGCUGGGAGAUAGCUUUGCAGAGAUUGAGUCACUUGGGAUGCCAGAGCACUUCUGUGAAGACGAGCUCCUCUUCAUACUCAACUCUGACAAGAGGAAAAGCUUGACAUUGAAGUACUAUGCAAAGAAAAUCCUUUACUUCCUGAGACAGCAGAAUAUUCUGAAGAGUUUGAAGAUUUUCUUGGAGCAGCCUGCAGCGCAGCAGUCCUCUUUAGAGGGUGCUGUACUGGUGGAUCAGUAUUGUAACCCACUGGCUGAUGUAACCCUGAACAGCAUAUCAGCCCAGCUGGACGAGAUCACAGAGAAAGUGAAGAAGAUGCUGAGGAUCAAGAACCCCUCUCACCCCAGCUUGCGUGUCGCUCAGGGUGACUGUUUUGUCGUAGAGGACUUUGAACUCCAGAGGCAGGUGGUGUGUGCCCUAAACUCUGUCCUGUAUGAGCAGCUUCAAUACAAAGGCAACGAGUUCGACUACUACAACCCCCUCAAUUCUUACAUCCACCAGGUGCUACUACGCCAUACAGGCAUUCCCAUAAGCCUCUCUGUCCUCUACAUGACAUUAGCCAGGAAGCUUGGUGUUCAGCUGGAACCUGUCAACUUCCCCAAUCACUUCCUGCUGCGCUGGUGCCAAAAACCAAGGGGGAGUGAGGACAUCUAUGACUUUGUCUACAUUGACGCCUUUGGUAAAGGCAAGCAGCUGACAGCCAAGGAGUGCGAGUACCUCAUCGGCCACCAGGUGACGGCAGACUACUACAGUGCCAUCAGCACCACCGAGGUGCUGCUCAGGAUGGUGGGAAAUCUGCUUAACAUCGGCAAAAGAGGGGAGGGGAAUGAGAAAUCCUACCAGCUGCUGAGAGACUCUCUGGACCUCUACCUCACUAUCAACCCAGAUAAUGUGCAGUACCUGCUGCUGCAGGCCCGGCUCUACUUCCACCUGGGCAUCUGGCCAGAAAAGGUGCUAGACAUCCUACAGCACAUUCAGGCAUUGGAUCCCUCCCAGCAUGGGGCAGUGGGUUACCUGGUGCAGCACACGCUGGAGCACAUCCAGCACAAGAAACAUCCUGCCACGCCAGAGGUUAAGAAGCGCAGCGCUCCAGAACACCUGGAGGUCCAGUAUUCAGUCGGCCUCAUCAUGAAACACAAGAGGUCGGGUUAUAACUGUGUGAUCUAUGGUUGGGACCCAAAGUGCACCAUGAGUCAGGAGUGGAUCACCACGAUGAGGGUCCACCAGCUGUCCAACGGGGCCAACCAGCCUUUCUACAACGUCCUCGUACAGGAUGGAACAUGUCGCUACGCAGCACAGGAGAACCUGGAGCCCCACUCAUCCCCCCUGGAGAUCGGCCACCCGGAAGUGGGGCGCUACUUCUCUGAGUUUGCCGACACCCACUACGCUGCCAACGAAGAACUGCAGACGCGAUACCCAGAGGACAUGGAUGAAACUUUGGGCACGGUGCAGGAGCUUUACCACAGACUGACACCCCGCUCUGGGAACCAGGACCAGGCUCCUGCCACAGACCAAAACAACCACCAAGCCAUGUCCAUGUAGCAUGGUAGCAGUGGCCAACAUUCUGCUGACCCCGGCUAACCAAUUACUGGUCACCCAGUCUUAAUUCACAGUCCACUUAGCUGAUGCUUUGUUGCACAUACUCAUGACCAGGACAAGUGUAAUGGACACGUUUUUGUACAAAUUAGCCAGAAUACAGUAUUUUCAGUAAGUGUAACAAGAAACGGUUUACAAAUGUGGUUUUGUACCAUAGUCAGGAUUCCUUGCAGGUCUGGAAAUAAUUAUUUUAACAUUUGCAUGUCUCAAAGUGUGGUAAAAGAAAAGUAUGAAAACAUGCAGCAAACCUAGUUACUCUUUCAGUACAUAUAUUUAAAUACCACAGUGUAUUGGUUGGGAAAACAAAGCUCAGACUAUGGAGUGAUAUGCCCCAGUUGACGGUCAUUAUCCAGGAUGCAGGAUCUUCAGAUCCACUCGCAAAGUUGAUUUUGGAACAAGUGUGGAAACCCACAAUAAGGCAUAAGAAGACGUCUUGAAGAAAAAAAGAAAACAGACUUGAAGUAAAUACUUAAGUGGAUGAGUAAGUUCAGGAUGUGUGUCCAGUUGCUGUAAAUCCUCCUCUACUAACAACCAAGGAAUGCCCCUUUACCCAGAGCUCCCCGACCCCUGACCACACCUCCCUGCACCCAGCACCAGUCAAACAAGCCCCCCAGCAUAUAGUCCUAACCCCCAGUCACAGUGCCACACCGAAGACCAUAAAGAAAAGACUUUGUAAAUUGACUUUUAAUUCCCCAUCUUUUGAUCAAGUUUCAUGCACUUCUGGAAGUUCAACUUUCACAUUUCUAGGUUAUGUUGUUUUUGUUUUUUUCCUGUAUAUUUACAAGUGAAACAUGUAGGAUGUUACAGCUCAUCAGUGUUGAGCUAUUCAUAGAAAAAACAGAAGAACCAAUAAUGGCACCGCUCACUUGAAGCUGAAAUUGCAAAGAAAUAAUAAUAACAAUAAAGCGUUUCAAGUUUUUUUUCUA